CUGCUACACAUCAUUCGCUGUUGCUAAGGGCGCUUAGUAAACCGGAAAUUAUGGUUAACCUAUCUUGAAUGUUUACAUCCGAAUUACAGCCAAGAUGUCGCAUUUAGACAACAAUCCUUCUUUUCAGUCCAUGGUCCGAGCUAGCGGCUUGGCGGAGGUAUGGACUCACUCAACCGAUGCAGCCAAAUUUAAUCAGUUCGGAUGGAGAUGUACGAAUAAGGAAACAGCCUACACUAAUUGCACUCUGAUUGGCAACUGGAAUGAGGAAAGAUUUGAUAAUAAAAUAGUUGAAAAAGCUAAACCGCUUCCUUCUCAGCAUAACCACUACUUUGAAAGCACUUACGAUCAAAGCUACAACUUCAAACCAUACACUGUUCCAAAAGAAUUGAAGCAUUUAAAAGCCCCUCAUCCCAAUGCCUUCCCUGGACACCAGCCAGAGACGGACAGUGUGCCGUUAAAGAGCAUCUACAACAGCUGGGAAACCACAACCCGCGCAGGAUAUGUAGACCCUCGCAUCCGGGAAACUCCGCUUGAGCCACAGAAGACUCAAGGAAAAUAGCUUCUGUUUUUUGUAACAUUAUUAAACUAUUAACAGAUCACAAUAAUGUAAAACUUUAAUUAGAAUAACUUUGUAUCUGGCAAUAAUGUGUGCGUUUUUAAUUUUUGAGAUUUUUAUUAGAAAUCAGCUUUUAUUAUUGUUUCAUGUGUUUUGGGAAUUAGACCAGAGAGAUUUUAUUCCAAGAAAUUGAUUUUAAUACUUCCCUUUAUGCCAUGCGUUUGUCCCUCUUUUUUCAAAGCAUUUGAUUGUUUAAAUAAAGUUUUGACUUGUCUUAUUAAUCAUAUUUAAUGGCUUUCUUUCUGUAGUCCAAAUAUUGAGUUACUAGGUAAUAUUGGUUUGUUAAUUCUAGUUUAAAUGUAUUUGAUUUGUUUAUGAAAAAUCUAAGGCAGAUGUUUUCAUUUCAAAAGUAUUAUUGAUCUAUUGCUAUGAAUAUUGAUGAUUAAUUUACCUAUUUUAGAAUCUUUAUCUAUAUUUUACAGUAUUAUAAUUGUUUGUUAAUUGUAAAGUUAAAUAGUUUAUCUUCAAACAAUACUCGUUAAUUUGUUAUUGCACAGUAUUACACACAUAAUUGUUAUAUUUCAAGUUAAGGUAGAUUGUAAAUACAUUAUUACUCAAAAACAUCAUUAUAAUAUAGUCCCACACACUGGUCAGGAUCUACCCUGACACCUAUUUAGACCACGAAACCGUGCGUGACUUCAUAACAGACAGUGUAGCUAACAAUCGGACUGCUCGAACAUGCUGGCAGCAUAUGACAUAAGAUCCCAUAUGAUAUAAGAUCCCAUAUGACAUAAGAUCCCAUAUGGCAUAAGAUUACAUAUGACAUAAGAUCCCAUAUGACAUAAGAUCCCAUAUGACAUAAGAUCCCAUAGGACAUAAGAUUACAUAUGACAUAAGAUCCCAUAGGACAUAAGAUCCCAUAGGACAUAAGAUCCUGUUUGCAUGACAUGGCUCAUUUUUAUGAAUAUAGAAGAACAAAGGUAGUAGUUGGUAGCAGGGUAAAAUCACUUUGUAAAAGUGUAAUGUUUUGUAAUACUUGCCUUUAUUUUAAUGCUAUCAGUAUUUGUAGAUUGUACAUGUUUUUUGUUUUUUAAAGAAAUUAUAAUAGGCAAUUUGCUUUAAGAAAGUGAUGUUCAGUUGUUAUUGUUGUUUUUCUAUAGUAUAAGAAGUCCCUAAAUGUACUGUUUUGAUUAAACAAUGUGCAGUGUCCUAAAUAUGCAUUUUAGUAUUCAAUUACCAACAAUAGUUUGUUGGCAUGUGGCAUGUGUUAAACCAUAAAACAUAAAAUCCUUUAAUACUAAAUGAUUACCUCUUAUUGAAUUCAAAUGUUUGUAUGCUUAUAUGAUGGACCAGUUUAAAUAAGAUAAGUUGUGGCAGGACUUCACAUUGUUAUAUGUUUGUUUGUUUUUAAGCAGAGUUCUGUACACAAAUUCUGUUUUUAUUUGGAGUGCUCAAAUGUCUGUGAUUUGAAAUAUGUUGGAAUACCCAUAAAUCUAUGAAUGCAAUUCUGUAAGUAUAGCACUAUUAUGAAGUAGUACACAUCUUAUUUUAGCUUAAUAUGUCUGGUUACUUCACAGAUAUAAAAAUGCACUUACGGUAACAAGUAGAAUUAGCCCCCAAUAAGAUUUGUUUUUAUAUGAUGUAAAGCCAUAUGCAGAAUAAACAGAUGUUUAAGUGUGCUAUGUAUUCAAAUGUUUUGACAAGUGGAAAUAGUGGUUUACAUAGUACAGUACAAUAAAUUUGAAAUAAAAUUAUUUUUGUUCAUA